AUUGAAAUUGAUAGCAUAUUCUAUCCAACAACAGCAGAAUGUACAUUAUUUUCAAGUGCACAUGACAUAUUUACUAGGCAGACCAUAUUCUGGGACAUAAAAUAAGUCUCCAUAAAUUUUAAAGGAUUCAAGUCAUACAAAAUAUGUUUUUUGACUACAAUGGAAUAGUAUUGACCACACUUGGAAUAGGGUGACAACUUCAAGCAGUGCUUGUUCUCACCAGUAACCAACCCCAGCAGGAAGGAGGAGCUGGGGGUGGGAGAAUUAGGGUUUUAAGUUGCCAUAUCACAAGUGAGAACUUUCCUGUGUGCUAGGACAUUUGUGUUCAACCUGUGUUUUCAGUUCUCAGAGGAAUCCACAUGACUAAGGGAGUCCUUUCUAAAACCCCAGGACGUCUUGCUUUCAGAUGUGAUCAAUGAUACACAAAUCUCAUUCUAAAGAGAGAUAAAUUAGGGAAUAGUUUUUCACAUGACGGAAAGGAUGAUCCUAUUUGCUUUGUUAAUGGAUUGGACUUGGGUGAUAUUUUCUAUUGCCCAAAGAGCAUAGCUCCUCCAUGGAGCCAUAUUUUCAAAAUUUCCUUUUACAUUCAGCAUUGAAAGAACACAUUUGUUGCAUAUAUUGAGGAGGACUGUUUGCAAAUCAUGCCCCAAAUCAACAUUUGAAGGUCUAAGUGGUGCUCAUCAGAGAGAAAGGUGGUUCAGCGUAUGUGGGAGUCAGUAACGAUUCAGGGCAGAAGCUACACAGAAUGGCCCAGCAGGGACUGGCUCCCAGUAAAUUAUUUUCUUGCUUAUAGAUUUCCUACCCAGUAGAAUCACUGAGGUGAUUUUAGUGACUAGACACAAAUAACAGGCUUCUUAGAGUUUAAGAUUUGAACCAAGUUGAACUUUUGCGAAUGUGACUAAGGCCUGCCAGCUUGAUGGCAAACCUGGGCCCAGCAUCAGGUACAACAGAAGGCAAACCCUGACUGGAAAGUUGUGCUUUGCUUUUCAUUUUAUUGUCACAAUUUUUCACAGUUUGCCUCAUGCCACCUUGUUACUUAAUUCCCACACCUCGGAGGAAAAAUGUGUAAUCUUUUAAUAUUUAUGUUACUUAAGAUACUUAAGAUUAUGUUUCUGCCUAGGUGUUGCCAAGAUAGUCAAGCCAACUCUUGUUUACAGAGGGUAGAAAAUAUAAAUCUGUCUAAACUCUUUCAUGAAGUGAAGGUCUUAAUAUUUCCGAAGAGUUGAAUUUGGUACUACUCUUGGAGAGCCUUAGAGAAGCGUUGUCAAUACAAGGCGUCAUUGUUUUAGGUUUCCUAUCCAUGACUUGCUUUUUUCCCCAACUUUCCUCUCUUUUGGCAACUUCUCCUCACAUUCUGUCCUACAUUUGGCCCUGAGUCAGUUGAAAGCUUUGCAAGUUGAUUUUCCAUUCCCAUCUGAAUUUUAGCUUAGCUGUGGAACUGUUUUCCAUGUGUUUUUAAUCAUUUGUCCAUGUGUUAUGAGCUUAUAGGGACAAUAUGGUUCCCCCAAGCUGCCUGCAUUGUAUAAGCAGAAACUGGCAAGGUGGCCAGUGGGGGAACAGUUUUCAGACAGAUGCCCCCUACACUCAUUUCUGUUGGUGAUACACCACCCCCAUGCUCCAACUGGAGUAAAACAAUUUACAAGCUGCAUAAAGUUACCCAACAGACAUAUAGUCCUCUGGCAUGAAUUACCUUUUUUAGGAGUGUGAUUAUCCUUCAGGGGAGACAUGCCUGGGAACUGUGACUGGUGUGACAAUGUUCAAAGGCCUGCUCUGAGACUGUGGCCAGGCUGGGAAAUGAAGAAUGGUUUAGUCCCAGAUUCCAUGGAAAUUUGAUUUUAAAAUAGGAUCUAAACACAGAGAAUUAAGUAUAAGUUAUCCAGGACAAAGCGAUACUUCUUAGAAAGUAAAACACAACAAGGGCCUAUGUCAGAAGUUUCCUUUCGCAUUUUUAUUGGACUCAGUAUGUCAAAACAAACAUCCAUUCACCUCCUAAAUGUAGACUGAGGGACCAGGAAUGGAAAAGAAACAGAAAAAUGCAUUAAACAAAAUCCCUUUUCUCGAAGUUGCUGUCAAUGUAGUCUCCAGCAAACAUAAUCCCUGCCCUUGAGGAUCCUCUCUUCCUUGUUAGAAAGAUAUGCAUGUACCCAAAUUAAGACAAGCCCGAGGAAUCACCGAAUAGCCGAAUCAAGAAGGAACUUGGCUUUUCAGAGUCCCAAAUACAUCUCAGUGACAUGGAGGAGAUGUCUCCCUUGUAAAUCCAGAAGUGGAUGUGAGAAAGUAGAGGUUGGAUUGGGACAAAGCUUGCCAAUAUUUGACUGGAAAAGGCAGAAGACAACACUGAAGUACAGAACCUGAAAACUUCUAUGGAAUCAAGAAAAUUUGAAAUGAUUAAACAUUAUAUAAAAGCAUCCAGUGGAGUGCAAAAGUUUGACAAUUCAGGGUAGACUAUGGAGUAAAGUGGUUGGAAAGGAUGUGAUUCCAACAGCAGUGUGGAAAGGAGAAACGAACUGGUGUGGUUUGAUGGUCAAAUGUAAGGAGACUCACUUAUCUGAUGGGUUCUAUCUUUCUCUGCAGAAAAAGGGGUCAUCUAUCAAAAACGAGGAAAGAGGCAGAGCAGUCAAAGGUUUUAGAUCAUUAGAGAAGAUUUUCACUAACCCACAGGGAAAAUGAAAAGUGAGUUGAGUAGAGGAAUGAGAAGGAUUGGUGAGCAGAGUUGAGGGUUCCGUUGAGACAGAAGGAAAUUUGUAUAGAAUCCAUUUUUGCCCAUUUUGUCUGUGUCUCUAAAAGCAUUCCCUAUCCCAGGCGUGGGCCCAGUUAAGAUGAACAGCUGGGUGUUUUCAGGGUUGGACUUUUUGUUGUUGUUGUUGUUUUAGAAAGACUCUCGCCCUGUCGCACAGGCUGGAGUGCAGUGGCACAAUCUCGGCUCACUGCAGCCUCAGCCUCCUGGGCUCAAGCGAUUCUCAUGCCUCACCCUCCCAAGUGGCCAGGAUUACAGGCGGGCUCCACUGUGCCUGGCUAAUUUUUGUAUUUUUAGUAGAGACAGGGUUUCACCAUGUUGGCCAGGCUGGUCUCGAAGUCCUGAACUCAGGUGAUCCGCCUCCCUCGGUCUCCCAAAGUGCUGAGAUUACAGGCGUGAGUCACCACGCCCGGGCCCAGUGUUGGACUUUUAUUAGAUGUGUGUGAGAGAAUAAAAAAGGGACUAGGGAAAAUAUUGCAAAAGUUUGAAGUGAUGGACCAUGGAAUUAAAGUGGGAUAGGGAAGAAAAUGAAGACAAAUAAUUUAUAUAUGUUAAUCAAUUAAUUACAUAAUUCAUUUAUUAUUACAUGAAUAUUUUAGGGCAUUUACUAUGUGAAAGGCUAUGCUACAGCCUGAGCUGAUGACUAAAAAGACCCUACUUUUAUGGACUUUAAAAUCUGGGCCGGGUGCGGUUGCGGUGGCUCACGCCUGUAAUCCCAGCACUUUGGGAGGCCGAGACGAAUAGAUCACAAGGUCAGGAGAUCAAGACCAUCCUGGCUAACACGGUGCAACCUCGUCUCUACUAAAAAUACAAAAAAAUUAGCCGGGCGUGGUGGCAGGCGCCUGUAGUCCCAACUACUCGGGAGGCUAAGGCAGGCGAAUGGCGUGAAUCCUGGAGGCGGAGAUUGCAGUGAGCCGAGAUUGCACCGCUGCACUCCAGCCUGGGCAACAGAGUGAGACUCUGUCUCAAAAAAAAAAAAAAAAAAAAAAAAUCUGAAGUGGAGGCAGAUGUUAAACAAAUGUUCAGUCAAAAAUUAUUUCAUGACAAAGGUGGUAGUACUAUGAUAGAGAUAAAGUACGGGACAGAUGCUGUAGGAACUGAAACAACAUAAUAUUGUUAUGAGAGAGUGGAAUGUGAAUUCACAGUUUAGAGGUAGAGCUGUUCUUGAUAGUAACAGGGGUCAGAAUGUAAUCGGGGUAGGGAGGCCAAUUGGCAUGAGAGCAGUCAGAUUUCAGCCGGGGUAUCGAAUGGGACUUCCAUGGGAUACUGAUGGAAUGCUAAUGGUCAAACCCAACCACAUGGACACUGAAGUCACCCAGGAUGAUAGUAAGAUUCAGGGUGAAAAGAAAGACCGUGGACUAAAUGAGGAAGACAGGGCAAGUAAUAUUGCCUCUACAGACAUUCAGGGACAUAAAGUUAAGUGCCUGAUGCCAUAGAGUUUACAAGCUGUAAUGCAGUUCGAGGAAUCAGAUUUAGUAUUUUUGGCCUCAAGUCCAGAGAUAGUUCCACUGACAUUACUUAGCUCUGAGAUCAGCUUUCUACAGAAGGAAAAACCGACAAGGUAAAUUUUAAAGAUGAGGAAGAAGGAGCAGGACAGAGAUGUUGCAUCAGUGACUGCAUCCUGAACUGGCUCUAAGUAUAGGCACAGGCAUUGGAGAUGGAUGGACAGGUAGGAAGGUGGGGCACAUGGUGAGGGACAGCUCAGGCUGCCUUGGCCUAAUUCUCAGAUUUGCAGGAGCCCUCUCUGCAGUCUUGGUAGGGAGCUGAUUAGACACAUGUAGAUAUUGUCCAUGACUUGUGCACAGUAGUAGAUACAUCUUCAGUUGCAAAAAACACAAUACCCAGAAUACAGAAAACUAUUUCUCAAUGGUGUUGGAGGGUGUUUUGAACAGAGGGCAGUGAGAUCACCGAAACUACAAACAGAAUAAUCUAAUCUUUAAAAGACAAUCUAACCAUCAGAGCCUUGAAGUGGAAAUGGGGAUUUUUUUGUUGGCAGUUACACCAUUUGAUAUUUGUCCUUUUCCACUGGUCACACAUUUUGGUAUCUUUGGGUGACAGUUUUAAAAGAUUGAAUAAAGAAACUGAUAAUAAUGGUUCUCUCCAUGGCAAGGACAGGCAGACUGGGGUGGAGUCAGAGGAAGAUCAACCUUUCAUUGUGCAUUUUUUUGUGUGUUAUUUGAAUUUUGUUACUAUGCGUAUUUAUUACCUACUCAAAAAUAAGAGAAAUGUACUGCACCAUGUCUACAGUGCUUCCUUGAAUUCAACAAAUAUUUAUUAUUGAAUAAAAUUAGCACAAAUAAAGCAUACAGUUCACUGCGUCUUUGGGAUUUGGCUCUACUUGAAAGUCCCUGAUUAGUACAGGAAUGAUGCCUGCCUAAAUUUUGUUUCUUUUUUUUUUUUUUUUUUGAGAUGAAGUCUCCCUUUGUCGCCCAGGCUAGAGUGCAGUGGCAUGAUCUUGGCUCACUGCAACCUCCACUUCCCAAGUUCAAGCAAUUCUCCUGCCUCAGGCUCCAAAGCAGCUGGGAUUACAGGCACCAGCCACCAUGCCCAGCUAAUUUUUGUAUUUUUAGUGGAGACAGGAUUUCACCAUGUUAGCCAGGCUGGUCUCGAACUCUGGAUCUCAGGUGAUCUGCCCACCUUCGCCUCCCAAAGUGCUGGGAUUACAGGCAUGAGCCACCAUGCCUGGCCUAAAUUUUCCCUGUAAAACUUAUUUUGAAUAUACUAGGCUGUCCCUAUAGAUUGCAAAAUCCACUAGACCUGAAACUGAACAAAGACACUCUCAACACUUAUCUCCAGUUCCUAGAACAGAGCUGGCACUCAGGUGUGCGCUGUAAGAAUGAAAGAAUUAGUCCAGUUAAAGGAGCAGCUUCAGGGAAUGGGGCUCUUCCUCACGUGUCUUUUCCAUGGAAAGGGGAGGAGGGAGUGUACAUUUUGAAUAACUAACUAAAUUGUUUAUUUAAAAGUUUAAGGGGAAAUCAUAUAUCCUAAUUUUCCCUUUUCCUUGUUCCUUGGAAAAUAAGAAAAAAGUCCUGUUUUCUUCUGAGUUAAAAAAAAAAAUAAUCUAACCUGCCAUGACAUGAUUGCUAUUCUGUAUUUUGAAAAGAGAGGUAGUGAUGAGGCAGUGGCAUGCUCCCCAGUCAGAUUUCUCUCCUGAAUCCUUCAACCCAAAUGUCCUUUUCCAGCUCUCAGUUGUCCUGUUUAACUCUAAUGUCUACCCCCCACCUCAACACUGCCUCUCACCUUUUGUUGAUUUAAGAUAGGUUUUUAGGGAAGAACUUAGUCUCUCUUUUCGCCCUUGGAGAGCACUGGGCUUCUUUUUAACUGUCUUCUGAGAGUCUGUAAGAGGGACAGAAAAUGUAGCUGUUGCUGUCCUCUCAUAGGCACGCUGGGGAGCUCUGAAAACGAGACAAACCACCUCAACGUGUCUUGAGCGGCUGGGUCUCAUGGGCUUCUUUUCUUGUCCAUUUUAUAAAAGUGUCACCAGCAUAUGAAAACAUUUUUUAUUUAGGUAUCUUCUCGAGGUCUUUAGAGUUCCUGAAGACAUCUUAGUGCCUAAGAAACCCAAGUCAAGUUGAAAACAGUCAGAUUCUGCUGAAAGCCUGAACUGUAAAUGGAAAUGAAUGGAUUCUGGGAUUGGCCCCUCUGGUUCUCAUGCAUGUCUAGGGUUGGCCCAGGAAGUGGACUUAGCAGGCUUGGGCUCACUCACGUGAACUCAGGCUUACCCUUCACUGUGGCAUUUGGUACUAAGUGCACUAAUAAUUGGCGAUGCUGUCUCCUCAUGAAAGCUUCCUACUGGGUCUGGAGACCUCCACCAGACACACUUCCAUUUCCAUUUGGUUCAUCCAAAUUGGGAGGUAACUAGAUGCCUGUAUCAACUGAAGACCAACAGAGGCAGCAUAUUUUUGCUGAAAGCUACAAAAUCUUCACUUAUUUUCUUAAGAGAUUAUAAUGUAUUACAUUAUACAUAUAUUACAUGUUAUACAUACAUAAUUAUACACACAUAAUUAUACACACACAGUGUAUCAAUGGCUUUAGAAUUGGUGAAUGGACACGAUAGUGAAAGGUGAUAGUCAUUGCCUUUAGCCGAAAAAGGCAGAGGUUGGAGAUAGGCUUGUUUCAUAGUUCUCAUCACAGAAGGCUUGUCUUUGCUAGAUUUACUUUUCACGGAUAGUAUUUACUAAUGGGAGUAGGGAGAAUAUUUCAAGAUAGUUGCACAUUUUCUCAAAAGAAGUGACAGAACAGCAAAAGGAUAUUCUCUGUGAGUGAUUUUUAAAUGGCACUUAUAAGCCCCAAAUUAGGAUCAGAGGAAGGGAAGUUUAGGACUAAAGGAAAGUGAAAAAUGGAUAACUGACAUCCCUAUAGAUGAUUUUAUACAAUAAAGUUAGAUGAUGCAUAAGAAAUCCCACUAGACUAUCUAACCUACUUGAGGGCAGGGACAAAGUUUUACUCAUUUUUCAAUUAUCUACCAGUAUCUAAUAUGAUUCUUAACACACAAAGUGAGUCUUCUACACAUUGCAGUUCAACAGGAAUUAUCUCAACUGUAUCUUAUGUUCAGUAAUUCCAGAGCCAAGCAAACUAAGACCCGAGAUAGAAUUUCUGAGAUUGUCUUUAGUUUUGGGAAAUAGUAGAUACUCUGAUUGAUAACAAUGGAAUUUCAGUUACUGAAAAGUAACAGUUAAAAGGAUUCAGGAAAGGUAUCACAGCUGGCUUCCACACCAUAUUAUACCAGGAGGCCUAGUGACUAGCUCUGGAAAGCGUAUUGCAUUGGAUGGCUGAGGGGAAUUAAGAAAUUCAAGUAGCAGUCAAUUAAAAAAAAAAAAGAUGUUGACAUAGCAUAGUGGCUCACGCCUGUAAUCCCAGCACUUUGGGAGGCAGAGGCAAGAUGAUAGCUUGAGGCUAAGAGUUUCAGAGCAGCUUGGGCAACAUAGUGAGGCUCUGUUUCAACAACAACACAAAAUUUUAAAUAGCCAGGUGUGGUAGUGUGCCUGUAGUCCCAGCUACUCAGGAGGCUUGCUUGAGCCCAGGAGUUUGAUGUUACAGAGUGCUAUGAUUGCACCACUGCACUCCAGACUGGGCAACAGAGCAGAACCCUUUUCCUAAAAUAAAAAAAACAAUGGCAAAUACACAUGCUUAUUUAUUAUAUAUCAACAGCACCUUUCAUUAAUACUAGCACACGUUCCAUAGAUACUUGGUACAAGUACAAUAUAUCUCCACUCAUGGCAUUCUGGUAAAGUGAUGGUCCAUGUUAAAAAUAGCUCAUUAUCAUGGGUAAAGGGACUUACUUAAGGCUUUAUUUCAUAGAAAUCAGGCAUGGCUAUCAAGAAGAACAGAAAUGCCUGGAAAACAGACUCCAGUGGGUCACUUCUUGGAAAGAAAGUUUAAUCAGUAUUGACAAAAAAGGGGGAACAUGUUCCAGGACUAUUUGUGUUAUUGAAAGCAAGGAAUAUAGUGAUUGAAUUAAAAGGGGAGAAAUAAAAGCAGAUAUUGCAUUGCUUCCCAGUGGAAAUACUGUUUGAAUCAUGUGGUAGGCUGAUCGGACUCUAUUCUGGGGUUUCAGUUUUGUGGACAUGUUUCUUUUUCGUAUCCUAGGCUGAUUCAUGAUAGUUUUGAAUGAUAGUUAUUUUUCAAUUUUUCCUUUGAUCCCCGAAGACUCUUAUUUGUGUCAAUCUUUAUUUAGCCUGGCCAUCAAUUAGUGUAAAACAAGGGGAGAUGAUGUGGAUUCAAUAAGGUAAGAAACUGACUAGCCAGCGUCACACCCAAAGUUAUCAAACCUGGUUCUUAGAAUCCGCGUUCUCAUGUCUGGCUCUUUGUUUAAAGGGAAAAAAAAAUCAAUAGGAUGGCUGGAGGGAGACAUUUCCCUAUCCUCAUUGAAGACUGAUGAGCUAUCAGUCUAUUACGUGGUAUCCUGUUGAGAAACGUGAACAAUUGGAAGAGUUUAUCUGAUGACUGACCAGUUGUGAAAUUUAACACCCAUUAAUUGAUUCUUAAUGUGAGAGGAUUAACUUGGGAAUUGUGAGUUUCUAUGUGUGGAAAGGAAAACAUAUUCCCUUUACUCAGUUACCAUGCAAAAAUCAAUAACCCCAGUUCGCAUCUGCUGGUACUCCUGCCUCUAGGAAAGACCACACAGCACCAGGAUGGCCGCCAGAAUCAGAGUUCUCUUUCCCCCGUACUCCUGCCAAGGAAUCAAAGAGAGCUUCCCACAGGCAACCAUGAGGAAGCUGAGGAGAAGCCAGAUCUGUUUGUCGCAGUGCCACACCUUGUAGGCACCAGCCCUGCAGGGGAAGGCCAGAGGCAGAGAGAGAAGAUGCUGUCCAGAUUUGGCAGGUUCUGGAAGAAGCCUGAGAGAGAAGUGCAUCCAUCCAGGGACUCAGAUAGUGAGCCCUUCCCACCUGGGACCCAGUCCCUCAUCCAGCCGAUAGAUGGAAUGAAAAUGGAGAAAUCUCCUCUUCGGGAAGAAGCCAAGAAAUUCUGGCACCACUUCAUGUUCAGAAAAAGUCCGGCUUCUCAGGGGGUCAUCUUGCCCAUCAAAAGCCAUGAAGUACAUUGGGAGACCUGCAGGACAGUGCCCUUCAGCCAGACGAUAACCCACGAAGGCUGUGAAAAAGUAGUUGUUCAGAACAACCUUUGCUUUGGGAAAUGCGGGUCUGUUCAUUUUCCUGGAGCUGCGCAGCACUCCCAUACCUUCUGCUCUCACUGUUUGCCUGCCAAGUUCACCACGAUGCACUUGCCACUGAACUGCACUGAACUUUCCUCCGUGAUCAAGGUGGUGAUGCUGGUGGAGGAGUGCCAGUGCAAGGUGAAGACGGAGCAUGAAGAUGGACACAUCCUACAUGCUGGCUCCCAGGAUUCCUUUAUCCCAGGAGUUUCAGCUUGAAGAGCUAUCCCACUAUUACCUUUGAAAAGCAAAACCACAACAGCAAAGAUGCUGAUUAUUCAGUCUGAAAAUGUUAAGUGGGUACAUAACAUUUUCAGGGAAAGGUGACUUGAAAAGUAGUUUUAAAUUAGAACGAUAGAGGAAAUGAUAUUAGUCUAGUUAUUGGCACACGUUUGAGACCUUGUCUCAGCUCUGCCACUAACUAGCCGUAGAAUGUUAAGUUGUAAAACCUUUCUCCAUCUAAAGAUUUUCAUCUAUAAAUGACGGACCCGACCUAGAUGAUUGCUAAAAUCCUUUCCACUACUAAUAUUCCGUGAUGCAUUUUCUCCAAGUUUGGGUAAAAGCCCUCCAUCUAAAGAAGGAAAAGAAAUAAGCGAGACCAUAAAAAUGGGCUUCUUUAAUGUGUGUCAAAUCACCAGCAAGCAAAGAAGCAAGAUAGAGAGGGAGGAAGGAAGGAAGGAAGGGAGGAAGGAAGGAAGGAAGGAAGGAAGGAAGGAAGGAAGGCAGGCAGGCAGGAAGGAAGGAAGGCAGGCAGGCAGGCAGGCAGGCAGGCACGCAGGCAGGCAGGGAGGCAGGCACGCAGGCAGGCAGGGAGGCAGGCACGCAGGCAGGCAGGGAGGCAGGCACGCAGGCAGGCAGGGAGGCAGGCUAGGUGAAAUAUUUGUAGGAAAGAUUCUCAUACUUAUAGUUACUUUUGCAACCCAAACAGUGUUUUACUUGACUUCUAUCUGAUGAUUAAGUCUUUCCAUAGAUGUAAGGAGUAACUUGCUUGGUUGCCUCCUUUUUACUCCUUUUUAACAAUACUCCUCAUAUAAAGUACUUAAUGUCAGGUCUCUGACUUUGAAGAAGGAACAGUCAUGUUAAUUUUAGUAGUUUAUAUAGGGAAGAGGAACAAUCACUGGUAGCCAAACGAGUACCUAUAUUAUGAGGAAGGAAAAAUACAUGACCACUACCAGGUUUAGAGAUCAAUUCAGAGAUGCUAAUGAAAGUAACCCCCAAAAAUUCAAUCUUCAGGCAAAAUUAUUUACUCACAUGCAUUUUGAAUUAGGUAGUAAGGUUUCUAUGUUUGAAUGACUGUUUUUUGCUAUUUAAUAAAACUUUGUAUUAUAAAUUUUAUUCAGCAUGUACCAAAAUUACAGGUUCUGAAAAUAUUCUGGAUAUUUUAAUGCAUUAAAUUUUAGUAUAUGAAGCAUUCUGAAAAAUGUCCUUAUAUUUUUCCCUUACUUGUUUUGUCUUAUAAUUUAAAGGUACUAUCAGGAGAUAACCUAGCUGGAAGCAUUUCUGGAAUGUCUUCAUAGACUUAUGACACUGGACCAAGGGUUUCUUCUGAUCUGUAAGCAGCCUUCUGUUUAAGUCUCUCAAUUGCCUCUCUCCUGCCUGUAUUAAUUUUUACACAUAUAUGGUACAGAACUGCCUUUUCCCAGCCAGACUGCUUUUUCUAUUAAGUUAUUCAAAUUUUUGUUUCUAAAAAUUAUUUUAAUAAUUAGGUUUCUUUUACUUUUAGUGCACACACGUACACACAUUUCCCAGAAUAACUGUUUUUUUAAAUAAAUCAAUUUAUAUUUUAAUUCUAUUCCUCUUUAAUCACACCAUCUAACAUGACAUUCCAAAGAAGCAAAGGCAUUUAUAUUUAGUGUAUAUUUUGUAACACAUCAACAUGAAUGUGAGUUACACAGAUGCACACAUGGCAUUUACAUUGGAAUAUAUUAUCAUACCCUUUGGUGGUCAAAGGCAACCUAGCUGGCCAAGAUAUGCUCAUAAGGAUAAAAUUGUUAAGCAUUAAUGAUAUCUCAGCUGGUAAAUAUAUUUUGGUGCCAAAAGCUAUCAAACAGCUGUCAUGAUUGCAAUUGCCUAACCCUGAUUAUGAAAACCUAUCUCUGCCAAUUGGACUGUCCUUCUCCUCCUUAUAUACUUGUAAAUCCCUUUCGUCCAUCCUUGCAAAUAGACUCUCAAGCCCAAACCCCAAACAAUGAUCUGUUUUAUUCAAAUUUUGGUCUGCGCUUCCCUUGCAUGUAAAUUCUAGAUGGGAUAGUUGAUAGUGGUAUCAAACCUUACAUUUAUAGAAUAAUUGCAUGAAAUUCAACAAAAUUGCUCAUAUUCAAUCAUUUUUACUUACAAAAAAGGCAAUUUACAAAGGUUGAACAUAAUAUGUAAGAGCGUAAGAAACCAAGAGGAAAAACACAAAUAUUGAACAUUUAUUAAGUGCCAGAUACUGUGCUGUCUUUUACAAAAAGUUAACAAUUUAAUCCUCACAAAAACUAUAUAAAGUAGGUAAUCACUGUAUUUUAUGGGUAAGAAAAGCAAGCCUUUAAAAGUUUCAGCAAUUUGCCUAAGAGCAUUUGGAGAAUAUUUUCUAUUUUGGAUUAAAAUAUUUGCUCAUUUGUUCUUUGUCAGUUUAUAUUGAACUCUUCCAGGUCUCUUGCCUAUAGGCUUCAAAGCAAAUUUCUUUUUACCACUUAUCUAGCUCUCCUAUCUGAAGGAUUUUGAUGUUAUAUCUCAAAAGAGAAAUCAUCUCUAGGUCAGGUUAUCAGCCAAAUAUUUCCUUGACUCCGUUGGUCCUCAUGGCACGCCUCUUCAUAAAUCCUGGUCUCAUUUUCCUCUCAUAUAAAAUAAGGCUGGUAAUAAUUACCUCAAAAUUAUUGUGAUGAUCAAGUGUACAUAACAACACUUCAGAGAACUUUAGAUCCUGUAAAACUACAAGGGAUUAAUUUAUUCUUUUCCAUUCAGACCUUCUAUUUUUUAAAUUUGUUUUGAGAAAUUGAAAACACACGGAAAAGCGCAAAGAAUAACAUAACACUGAAAUUCAUAUAACCGAAAUAAAUAGUUACUAUUUUGUCA